AUGGACAGGGCAAGGUGGCAGCGGGUACUGACCCUCCUCUCCAUCUGCCUGGCCCUCGCCUUCUCCCUCACAGCCAUGGGCAGCAGCCACUGGUGUGAGGGGAUCCGGCGGACGACAAAACCACUGUGCCAGGACCUCCUGGGGGGAGCAAACUGCAUUCACUUCAGCCAGGCCAGCAGCAGCACUGGCAGAAGACAUGACGCUAGCCAGGCUGUCCAGUACAUCUGGGAGACGGGAGAUGAUAAGUUCCUCCAGCUCAGGUUCCACGCGGGCCUUUGGCAGUCCUGUGAGGAAAGCCUCAACAGCACAGGCGAGCGUUGCAGGUGCUUCCUGGGGAUUGUACCCCCCGAGGGACAAGGUGUUUUAUGGCUCUCCAUUGGGGCUGAAGUCUUGGAUAUCUUCCUGAUACUGACAGGCGUCGUCCUCCUGGGCUUCAGUAUGAGUUGUUACAGCUCAGGAUGCACCUGGCUCAAGGUGGACGCCUCAGUGGCCAUCCUCAUGGUCCUGGCAGGGCUCCUGGGCAUGGUGGCCCACAUGAUGUACACAACUAGCUUUCAAAUCACCGUGAACCUGGGGCCAGAAGAUUGGCGGCCUCAGACGUGGGACUAUGGCUGGUCCUAUUGCCUUGCCUGGGGAUCCUUCGCCCUCUGUAUGGCUGUGUCAGUGACAACCAUGAGCAGAUACACCAUAGCCCAAGAGGAGACGCCAUGGGCACAGAAAGGUGGCCCAUACCCUCAGGACAACACCCCUCCUCCUGAGGCUUCAGAGCAGGUUUGGCAAACGGGAGCCACUUCCCACCCUGUGGGAUAA